UGCUGUGACAAGGGACUUCCUGGUUGUGGAAAAUUGUUCCUCCUCUCAGAAAAUGUCACUAAAGCCAGUUAUGCUCACGCAUUGAUCACAUUUAUUGUAUUCUAAGAUAUCAAAGACGGUGUAGCUGAAAGAAACAAAAAUGGCAGAGUCUAUUGAAAUGGACCCUGAAAUACUCAAGGAAGAUUUUGAGAGUUAUAGAAAGCGAAUGAAAAAACUCCAUCCUGUUAUCAAUGAAGUUCUGGAUCUAUUGGAUGCUACUGGAGAAGAAUAUUUUAAUGGAAAGAAGGAACUUCUUGUCUCACCAGAAGAUGAGAACUUCAUCUGUAGCGCUUUAGAGUUGAGACGGAAACCAGUGGCGGUGGUUUUAGGACAGGUGAACUGUGGGAAAAGUACUCUCUUGAAUGAAAUAUUUCAAAGGACUGACCUUGUGCCAACGUCGGCACAAUGCUGUACAGCUCGGCUGGUUUAUAUAAACUAUGCAGAGAAUUAUGAGAGUGAAAUGUGGCAGUUGGUAGACAAUCAAGGGAAUGCCCUUGGGAGGCCUCAGUGUCUUGUACCCCCUAAAAAACCUAAAAAGAAAAAGGGAGCAAAUGGAAAUACAGAGAGUCUGGAUGCAGAUACUAGAAAGAAAUUGGUGUUGCCUAAAAAAAUGAUAAAUCUACAGAGUGCAGGCAUGGCACCUUGCAGGAAUGGGGAUGAAGCCAAUGAAUCAUCCAGAGGUGACACACAGGCUGUCCAACAAAUAAUCCAAGCUCACAUUCACGUUGAUAUCUUGAAGUAUGGGAUCCAGCUGAUUGAUGCCCCAGGGUUUGGUGAAAGUGCAGCCCUGGACAAUCUCUUCGUGUCGCUCAUCGAGAACGACCUGGAGCCGCUGAUAUUGUACGUCAUUGAUGGCCACCAAACAUGGAGAGAAACGGAUAGUGAAACACUGACAAAUAUCAAGGGACGCUACCCACAAGCCACUGUCAUGUUUGUCGUUAACAAGAUCGAUUUCAGUAAAAAAGAAAAUGAAAUGAACCAACCAUCAGAUGAUGAGGAUGAUGAUCCACAGAGGGAGACGUCACAGAAUUCAGGUUCUGCUGGAAAAGUUCGCCGUUUGUCAGAAUUGGAGCCAAAAGUUAUGAACAAAAUCAAGGAAAAAGGUCAUCUUGGGAAGGAUGAGUCAUUCCUUACCUCUGAUCUGUUUCAUUGUAUUUCUGCCAAACAACAGGCAGUGGCAAGAAAGAAGGGAAACCUUGACCCAAGUAAUGAAUAUGUUGCAAAGUUUCAAAGGUUUGAAGCUUGUUUCCUGGAGAAAAUGUAUGAGCGGAUGAGGCAUCUGGAGGGGCGAGUGAUGAACCGUGUCAUCACGCUGAUGGAAGAAUUUCUUACUAUGUUUGGGAAACAACAAGUUGGAUUUGUUGCAGCUGUGAACAUUGUCCCCGAGUUCAUAGAAAAAGCGAAGCGGGCUGAGACGCACCUAAAGACUCAGUUUUCAAAGUACGUCGAUGACAUCAUUAAAGACGAUGAAAGUAUUGCAAAGACACUUGAAGAGACGAAAAAGAAAGUAAAGGAUGUAGGAAGGGAGAAGAAAACUGAGUUUGAGGCCUUGUCAUUGGAGUCCGGGUCAUCAUUGAGAGAUCAGAGAGCCAUGUUGUCUCACUUGUGGAAAUUAUUUGACCUGCAUCAGAUGGACAAUGUAGAAGACGAGGAGAUAAAACGUCGCACAAAAGCUGCAUCAUUUGCUGUGAAAAUCAUCGAUGAGGUUCUCUGUUUAAUUCCUACUGAUAUGAUUGCCGAGUUUGAGAAGAAAAUGAACUCAAGACGAGAUCGUUUCUACAGUUUUGUGAAACAGUUACGAGAAACAUUAGCGGAUGAUUGUUUGAAUAAUCUGUUCGAACAAGCAUACAAAAUCCGUAACAAUAGUGAGCAGACGCCAAAAGAAUUGGGCACCAUGCGAGACAUCAUGUCCUUAAAACCUGUCAUAAACGUCGCACAAAGUGCACUCUUCGAUUAUGUAGAGGAAGGAAUGAAGGCAUUGACGAAGCAGGAUCUCCAUCUGACAGAGCUGAGAAACCUGGACAGGUGGCGUGACCAGUUCAUCGAGUCGAUAUUCAGUCGAAUUCAAGCGGAAUCCAUUUGCGGACGACUGGUGCGCAUCUGCUCGCAGAAAAUGGAUGAGAUGCACAUUGAGUUCAUUCGGAACAUUCAAAGGAUGGAGCACCUGUGUGAGGAAGCAGAGAAACUUGGUGAUGAGCGAUUAAAAAAUCUUGGCAAGAAGGUAAAACCACCCUUGUUCCUGAAUCUUUGCGAGGUCUACUCUGUACGAUAUGAAAUGGAGCACGGUCAUGGUAUUGAAUUCGGGGAGAGAAUUGGAAAAGAUGGCCAUUACACAAUCUAUGAAUGUCCGGAGGAUGAUGAUUUGGUGGUGUACGUCCUAAAGAAGAAUGAUUGUGACUCCGAGGAGGAGUGGAAGAAGAGGGCUGUUGACAUAUUCCAUGCAUAUGACAUCAUGCGACAGACAGACACCAUACACAACGGCAAAAAGCAUCCAGACAAGUUGAGUUUGGUCAACUGCCAUGGACUGUGGAUGCCUGAUCGUGAGACAUUCCACGUCCUAUUCGACAAGACAGAUGAGACAAUCGUGGACUAUGUGAUUCGAGAGCAGUCUAGCCUGAAGCAGUGUCUGGAGCUCACGCUAAAAGUUGGCCAAGGUCUGCAGCUCUUGCAUCACAUUCAGUAUGUUCAUCUCGAUCUGAGACCAAGAAACAUACGAAUGAGAGGUAGCCAGCCAAAGAUUCACCUAAGUCAUUGGAAAUCUCCACUUGAAAACAUCAAACUCCACACUACGGUAUCAGUCUCAGAUCCUGAAGCAUCCACUGAGGGUGCUGAGGGGAAGGAUGUACCUUUAUUGGAAGUGCCUCCGUUUCACCUCCACAAAAACUUCCAGAACUGCUACGAAAGGACCGACACUUCCAGAGACUUGGACUGUUAUGCAUUCGGUACCUUCAUCUGGACCAUAUGUGAAGGGUCAUUUGCUGCUUAUCCGGAGAAUUUUAAGCAGUUUAAGGAUUACAGUGAACUCCAGAAUGCUUUAGAAAUGGAUACCAAUAACAGUCUACUUCCUGAAACUCCAGAAGGAAGGAUGGUUGGAGAACUUGACCAACACCGCCAACAGUUGUACGAACUUAUGAAAUGUCUGUGGACUCAGCCAGACCACUACACAAUGGAAAUUGCCAAUGAUCGUCUGGCAUUCUUGACUGGGAGUAAUCGGCGUUCGGGUAUCUCAAAUUGCUACUUUCAGGAGAAUUGGAACGGAUUAUCCAAGUGAACUUGUUUAGAUGCAUUUACUAAGGACUCAACUCGGCCUCGAGUCCUUCGCACGAUAUGAUAUCUACUAUACGACUCCCUUCAUCAUAUACUAGUACUUUAGACCAGCAUUGUAAAACAGGACCAAAGCUGUUUCACAAUGAACACUUUCACGGCUGAACCAUGUAGAUCUACAUGGACCAAACCCCCCCCCCCCCUGUUUCAGGGGGUUAUCCCUGCUCUGCUAGGCUUCAGCGUUAAAACUACACCGACUUGAUAUUCAGAGAAAGAUAGAAACUGAAAGAAUCUUUUCGCUGAAACCUAAAGUUUCAAUUUUAACUUGAUGACAGCAGGGCUAAACUGAGUUGCUUGUAUACAAAGGUAUUUUAUAUUUUGUCAGAGUACAGCAUAUACAUAUAUUCUUAAAUGAUUUUAUCCAGGUAGUUAGAAUAUCCUGGGACCACAAAAAUUCUGUGGUCAUCUUCCAGUCUUGGAAUUGAAGUUCUCGUGAGAUCUUGCCAUUCUACGUUGCCUGUGUAUUGUAUACCCCAGUUAUAUGGCCAGCUUACCCGCCAGCCAUGGAGGAAUCCUUUGUAGCCUAAAGGUUGGUGUGCUGUCUCCAGUUAGGCAACGUUGAGUGCGGUCAUCCAUUCGAUGGGUGACUGGCACAUAUAAUAAACUGCAAUGGUAAUCAGUUGAUGUUUGUAUUUACUCAAGAUUUCAUAUUUACAGUAUUAUAAAUGCAAUAUUGGUGCUUCUUAUUUUAGAAAGGAAUGUAGAACUUGUGCAAUUGUUUAAAAAUGUUGGGCAUUUCAUAUCUGAAAUUUACAUUCCCCCCCAAAAGCCACAAUAAAUAAAUCCCUAAUUGACUUUCACUGUGGGAGUGCUCUGUCUUUCAAGAGGAAAUGUCCAACCCGAUCAGUAUCGUGUCAUAAAAUGAAACAGAGCCUGGAGAAGUGAUUUGUAUCUUUGUCACUUCAACUAUGUAUAUAGCAUUUAUUGCCGUUAAAAUUUUAACGAAAGUGCUUGACAAAAUAUUUUGAUAGAUCAUUUGAAUAAAACAGUA